AUUUUAUUUGAUUGUGUAAGCCAAAACAAGGCACGUUACGCUACCUGGCAAAGGAAUGCUGACUUUUAUGUGCGUUCAGGGACCCUCAUACCGCAGCAUGUUUUUAUGAUAUAAAGCGUGACGUAUUUUCAGAAGAUUGUUGAGCUGUUUGACAAACACAACUCUACGAUGUGCAGUUGUGCUACACUGUUAAUCUUUAAAGUCAAAGACUUAAAUCUGGAGUUACUGUCUCAGGCUGUGUGGCUCUCAGGUGCAGAGUGAGUACCUGCAGGCCUGUGGUUUGAGGAAAAGCUAUGUAGCUUCUCUUGUUUGAGUUGUAAAGCCAUGAAGUGACAAGACGGUGGCAGAGGAAUGACAAAUAUGACAUGCUGAUAUGCUGUAUGUUUGCAAAGAUGCAUUGUCAUCCUCUUUAUGGAGCGAGAGUGGAAUUUUCCUGACGGUGACUGUUGUUUUUCAUGACUUGUAUCACACUAAGAAUCACAAACAGCAAGACAAGACAUGUGCUUCUAUCAUGUGAUGCUACAGGUACCUGAUCUGAUAUGUGACACUGGGUUAGUCUGCACAUGAGGGAGACAGUUUGAUUCUCUGGGGUGCAAUGUCAGUUUCAUGCAUCAUCUUUUAGUGUGAGUGGCCACAUGGGGGUUAUUUAAGUAAAUAACUAGAGUAUCUAAAGUCCACAGAGAGAGAAACUAAUGAAAACAAUAGCAGCAGCACUGGGUCUCUGCAGCUGGUUGAACUGGUCUGACGAGAAAAAGGGGGGCGGGAGGCAGCGUGGCAAAGAGGGAGGGUUCAGAGGAGGAGGAGGCAAUGCCGAGCCCUCAAUUAGAAAAGUAGAUAUAAGAGCAAAGAUAAGAACAGAAGAGGGAAGCAGGAAGAUCAAAACAGUCACUGUUUGUUUUUAGUUAUGAAGUUCAGUCAUGAGCAGUGUUUACUGCACUGACACACAAUUGCAUUACAUGUCAGAUCAACUCUGACGAACUGAUCCGGCAGUCAUCUACCUCACAGCAGCUGUUGGGAAACUGGUAGGAGUCGAAUUCCAGACGGCACUUUACCUCUGACAUCACUCCAGCAUGAGUGAUGGUGGGGAGGGAAACAGCAGGGCCGAAGAGAGCCAUGGAGUCAGGCAGCCCCAGGCCCCUAACGUCAAACCCAAACUUGGGCAGAAUGACAGGAACAGCAAGGAGGAGCACCGGAAAAAAGAGAAACCAUCAAGAGUGAGGAGAUCGAGGAGUUCUGACUCUGAGAGGACGGAAAGAGGGAGGAGGAGAGAGUCAGACAGGAACCAUGGAGAAAGGAGGCAUCGUGGAAGGAGCGAGGAGGGCCGCGGGCGCCGCCGCAGAGAGAGCGAUCGGAGAAGGACGAAACCCCCUGAAAAUGACGUGGAGGACACAGAGUGCGCUGUGUGUUUCUGUACUUACGAUAAUGUUUUCAAGACCCCGCCAAAGGCUGCUGGCAUGCCGGGCGGUGCUGAGCUCCCUCAUGGCCGGGACCUGCCCCGUCUGGGAAAUAAUCGGGACAUCAUCAGCAAACUCCCUCCAGAUAUGCAGCGGGCGCUGUCCAUCCGCUUUAAGCGCAGCCAGGGUAAGCUGAUGCUGAAGAACCCUCCUCCCAACAGCCCGACCAGGCCUAAUGUCGUCAGUCUGCCUACCAAGAGUCAAGACACUCAGGCGGCACCAAGCGGGAACCUCCAGCUGAGUGCAAUGGAGCAGGGGAUCACCCCGACCACUGUGGUGGAUGUAGGCAGACCUCCGAACAGGGUGAGAGGUCGCCUGCGCAGGAUGUUCCGUUCAGAUCAAUGCUACUACGCAGUGGUGGCGACCAUCAUCACCAUCACUGUGGCGCUCAUGCUGGUGGGGAUUCUGGCUUUUGUGAUCGUACCCACUGUGUCCUUGAGCAACAACGUUCGCCCCCCACGUCCACCUCAAUCAAACAACACUUCAGAACACAAUCCAUGAACUAGAGAUAUGUCCACUUCAAGGACAGGACUGUGAAGGGUGUGGGUGGGGUGAUAGUUGGGGAGAUGAAGUGGACAAGGAGCGAGAAUCACAUGAAACUUCCAGUGACCCUUGUUCCACUUUGCACACCUUGUGUUUAUAAUAGUGAAGUACAAACUGAGCACAUUCAAGCUUGGGUCACGUGGAGUGACGUGGAGAAAUGAAGGAAAACCAGGAGAGCAACAUUUUUUUUUUUUAAACAAAAGAACUGGCAGGUGCACAUGAAGAAAAGGGACUGACGUGUUUCCUGUUUUUAUUCUUUUCUGAACGUGUUUGUGUUCACCGUGAGAGCGGCUGAACACAAAAAAGGAACCAUGUGCACAGAUGAAAUAAGCUGUAAAUGUUGAAAUGCACUACACUCUGUGAUGAAAGGUUGGGAGGAUCUCUGGAUUGAACGUUGAUCUCGCAAACCAGAGUUUAUAGUUCUUAACUAAUUUUGUUUAUAGUCUAAACCCAAUGUACAUACGGAUGCCACAGAUGAUUUAUAUAUUUGCAAGUAUUUCUCAACAUAUCCAUCAAAUAAAGGCAUAUUUGAGAUUGUCCUCUACUGAUACACA